UUGGGCUAGUGCCUGUAUUUAGAGAAGAUGAAGUAGAUGCUUAUUUUCCUGUGUUUGAGAGAAUAGCCACGACAUUAAGUUGGCCAAAAGGUUUGUGGACGUUGUUACUGCAGUGUAAGCUUUCUGGUAAAGCACAAGAAGCAUGUUCCGCCCUUACCUUAGAACAGAGUUUGGAGUACGAUACUGUUAAGGCUACGGUUCUCCGAGCAUAUGAGCGUGUGCCAGAAGCUUACCGGCAAAAUUUUAGGAACGCCGUUAAAUCCGUGCACCAAACCUAUGUGGAAUUCGCCCAUGAGAAAGCCAUGCUGUGUGAUAAAUGGUGUUCGGCUAGUGGUGUUCGGAAUUUCGAUCAGUUUAGGGAACCGAUAUUGUUAGAGGAAUUUAAGUCAUGUUUGCCAGAAUCACUGGUGGUACAUUUGAAUGAACAGAGGAUUGAUACACUGUCCGAAGCUGCUAUUUUCGCAGAUGAGUUUGUUUUGACCCAUGAAGUUGUGUUCAGUCCUCCUUCGUCUCAGAAAGAUGUGUCAGCACGUUCGCCGAAGCCUGCGAGUAAAACCCGUACCUUUUCUAAACCCUCAGCUGGGUCUUAUGAAUGUUUUUGAUUGUCAUGAGGCAGGCCACAUCAUUGCAAAUUGCCCAGUAUUAAAGCGAAAGCAAGCGAGGCAACAAACGGAGGUUAAAAAGGUUAAGGCAGCCGCGGCUUCACAGAACGUCUCUGAAGGUCCUUGUCAAAUUGAGCCAGAAUUCGAACCUUUCGUAUAUUCAGGAUGUGUGUCCUUGGGUCCUAACGAGGUAAAGAAGCCUGUACGUGUGCUGAGAGACACUGGGGCUGCUCAGUCGCUUGUGCUAGAAAAGGUGUUACCCUUCUCUGAAGCUUCGUACGCAGGCAGGGACGUGUUAAUCCAAGGCAUUGAUCUGGCUGUGAUUCGUGCACCCCUGCACACGGUAUAUUUGGAAACCGAGGGUUUCUCAGGUCUGGUGAAGGUGGCUGUUCGCCCAGCUUUGCCAGUCAGUGGAGUUUCGGUCAUUCUAGGGAAUGAUAUAGCUGGUCUUUUCCUUACCUGAAGUAGUUUCAGAACCUGUGAGUGCUAACCGUCAGCCUGGUGACCAGCACUCCUCUGUGUUUCCUGUUUGUGUUAACGCGGGCCCAACAAAAUCUCAAGAGGAGCCCCUUCAGGAACUUGACAGUGCCUGUGAAAUUCCACAUGAGGUAGAGGUCCGUCCUAUCCCUGAAAUAGAUCUACCUGUGUCUCAUGGCGAGUUAGGGGCUGCUCAGAAAUUAGACACUUCGUUAGCACGGUGUUUUGAAUCUGUAACUGCCCAACCUGAAUCUGAACCUUGUCCGUCAUGAUAUUUUAUUGAAGAUGGGGUGUUGAUGAGGAAAUGGUCUCCUCCUAGUUCCAGUGAUGAUUGGUUGGAAACAUUUCAAGUGGUGGUUCCUAGCCCAAUGAGAAGUCAUGUUCUGUCCUCAGCUCAUGAUCGUCCUUGUUCUGGACGUGCCGGGGUCCGUAAAACUUCCCAGCGUGCCUUACGUUAUUUUUAUUGGCCCGGUAUGAGAAGUGAUGUCGUAAGAUACUGCCGGACUUGUCAUACUUGCCAGUUAGUGGGUAAACCUGAUCAGGUUGUGCCUAACGCUCCAGCGACCUUCCAGCGCCUUAUGAAUCGGGUAUUAGGGGAUGUUCCGAACUGCGCUGCAUAUCUUGACGAUGUGGUAGUCUACUCAGAUACCUGGAAGCAACACCUUGAGUUACUAGAGCUGGUUUUUACUCGUCUCUCAGACGCCUCUCUCGUUUUAAACUUGGAUAAAUGCGAAUUUGGAAGAGGAGUUGUCUCCUGCUUGGGUAAACAGGUAGGACAAGGGUGGUUACACCGUUAACUGCCAAAAUUCAGGUGAUCUGCAUGUUCCCUGCUCCUACAACCAGGCGUGACCUGCGUCGCUUUUUAGGGAUGGCCGGCUACUACCGGUGUUUCUGUAGGAAUUUCUCUGAUGUGGUUCUGCCAUUGACUAACCUGUUGGGUAAGAACAUGGUGUUCAGAUGCUCCCCAGAGUGUCAGGCUGCCUUUGAGUCUGUUAAACUCCUCCUCACUAGCUCUCCAGUUUUGUCUGCCCCGGACCUGAGCAGACCAUUUAAGUUAGAAGUCGAUGCCAGUAGCACGGGUGCAGGAGCGGUGCUUCUACACGAUGAUGAUCAGGGGAUAGAACACCCAGACUGUUAUUUCUCGAAGAAAUUCUUAAAACAUCAGCUUAACAAUAGCACCACUGAAAAGGUAGCUCUUGCCUUGCUACUAGCCAUCCAACAUUUUGAGGUUUAUCUUGGUGAUGGUGCUAAACCCGUACACGUCUUUACUGAGCGUAACCCCCUAGUCUUUCUACACCAUGUGCGUAAUACCGAUCAAAGGCUCAUGCGAUGGUCUCUUAUUGUGCGAGGGUUUCAUUUAGUGAUUGCCCAUAAGAAGGGUGCCCAAAAUGUGAUUGCUGAUACACUGUCACGAGCUUGAUGUCAUUGAGGGGUGGUGGUUGUGUUUUUUUUUUGUGUUUGUUUUGUUUUGUUUUUUGGGUCGUGUUUGUUGUUGUUGUGAACCCUUUAAGGUUCACACUUAUGUGUGGGGGGGGAGGGUGUUACAACCCGCUAGCUUUGGGAUGGGAAGUUUUUUUGUGUGCUGUGCCAUAUUUUGUGUGCAGGUCCGGACUCCCGCCCAGAGUUUCCAGCCUGCCUUAGCCUGCCUUGCUCCCACCUCCCAGGAUGACAUCACUGAGCGGCGGCCAUAUCUGAAGAGGAAGAAGAUGUGGAUAAGUUCCUGUACCACCUCCGUCUGUCCAACGAGAACCUGAUGGACGUGUCCCUGCGCUUCCGGAGGGAAAUGGACAGAGGCCUGGGCAGGGACACCAACCUCACAGCCUCGGUCAAAAUGCUGCCCACAUUUGUGCGCUCCACACCUGAUGGCACAGAAAAAGGCGACUUCCUGGCGCUGGACCUCGGCGGGACGAACUUCCGAGUCCUGCGUGUUAAAGUGUCGUCUGACGGCAAACAGACGGUGGAGAUGGAGAACCAGAUUUAUGCCAUUCCAGAGACUCUGAUGAGGGGCAGCGGGACAGAGCUGUUUGACCACAUCGCUGAAUGUUUGGCUAACUUCCUGGAGAAACUGGGUAUAAAGGAGCAGAAGCUGCCGCUGGGCUUCACCUUCUCCUUCCCCUGCCAGCAGACCAAACUUGACGAGAGCUUCCUGGUGUCGUGGACCAAGGGCUUCAAGGCGAACGGGGUGGAGGGGAAAGACGUGGUGGACCUGCUGAGGAAAGCCAUCAGGAGGAGAGGGGACUUUGACAUCGAUAUUGUCGCUGUGAUCAACGACACCGUAGGCACCAUGAUGACCUGCGGCUUCGACGACCAUCACUGCGAGAUCGGCCUCAUCGUAGGUACGGGUACGAACGCGUGCUACAUGGAGGAGAUGAGGAAUCUGGAGCUGGUGGAGGGAGACGAGGGCCGCAUGUGUGUGAACAUGGAGUGGGGAGCGUUCGGAGACGACGGAGCUCUCGACGACAUUCGCACCGACUUCGACCGCGAGAUCGACGCCGGAUCGCUGAACCCUGGCAAACAGCUAUUUGAGAAGAUGAUCAGUGGGAUGUACAUGGGUGAGCUGGUGCGCAUCAUCCUGGUGAAGAUGACUAAAGAAGGACUGCUGUUCCAGGGCCGGACCACGCCUGAGCUGCUCGUCACCGGCCACUUCAAAACCAGCUACGUCUCAGCCAUCGAGAAUGACAAGACCAAGGAAGGCCUGGUGUGCGUGGAACAGGUUCUGCGUGAUCUGGGACUGGAUCCAUCUCCUGAGGACUGUGUGGCGGUGCAGCGCGUGUGUCAUAUCGUGUCGACGCGAGCGGCUCACCUGUGCGCCGCGACGCUCGCCGCCGUGCUGCGGCAGAUCCGGGACAACAAGGCCGUGGAUAGAUUGCGCACCACGAUCGGAGUGGACGGAUCCGUGUACAAGAACCACCCGCAGUUUGCGCGGCGGUUACACAAGAUGGUGCGCUUGUUGGUGCCUGACUGUGACGUGCGUUUCCUGCGCUCGGAGGACGGCAGCGGGAAGGGCGCGGCCAUGGUAACGGCGGUGGCCUACAGGUUGGCGAAGCAGCACGCCGAGCGCCAGCAGGUCCUGGACAAGCUGCGGCUCAGCCGGGAACAGCUGAUGGAGGUGAAGAGGAGGAUGGAGGUGCAGAUGAAGAGGGGACUCGCCCAGGACACCCACAACUCGGCCACCGUCAAAAUGCUGCCCACCUACGUCAGAGCCACGCCCGACGGCACAGAGCACGGAGACUUCCUGGCGCUGGAUCUGGGCGGGACCAACUUCCGAGUGCUGCUGGUUCGAGUGCGCAGCGGGAAGCGGCGCAGCGUGGAGAUGCACAACAAGAUUUACACCAUUUCACAGGACGUCAUGCAGGGCACGGGGGAAGAGCUGUUUGAUCACAUCGUCCACUGCAUCGCUGACUUCCUGGAGUACAUGGGAAUGAAGGGAGCGUCAUUACCUCUGGGUUUCACCUUCUCUUUUCCCUGCCAUCAAGCUGGAUUGAACAAGGGCAUUCUGCUGAAGUGGACGAAGGGCUUCAAGGCUAGCGGCUGUGAAGGCGAAGACGUAGCGGCGCUGCUCAAAGACGCCAUUCAUCGCGUGGAGGAAUUCGAUCUGGACGUGGUUGCCGUGGUGAACGACACGGUGGGGACGAUGAUGUCGUGCGGAUACGAGAACCCUCAGUGUGAAGUGGGGCUCAUUGUAGGUACGGGUACGAACGCGUGCUACAUGGAGGAGAUGAGGAACGUGGAGCUGGUGGAGGGAGACGAGGGCCGCAUGUGUGUGAACAUGGAGUGGGGAGCGUUCGGAGACGGUGGCGAGCUCGACGAUAUCGGCACCGAGUUCGACUGCGCCGUGGAUGAAAACUCCACCAAUCCCGGCAAACAGAGGUUUGAGAAGAUGAUCAGCGGGAUGUAUCUCGGGGAGAUCGUCAGGAACGUCCUGCUGGAUUUCACCGCUAAAGGUCUGCUGUUCCGUGGAAAACUCUCCGAGAGACUCAAGACCCGCGGCAUCUUUGAGACCAAGUUCCUUUCCCAGAUCGAGAGUGACCGUCUGGCCCUGCGUCAGGUCCGCUCCAUCCUGCAGCACCUGGGUCUCACCAGCAGCACGUGUGACGACAGCAUCCUGGUGAAGGAGGUGUGCAGCGUGGUGUCUCAGCGAGCGGCCCAGCUGUGCGGCGCCGCGCUCGCCGCCGUGGUCGACAAAAUCCGUCAGAACCGCAACCUCAACUCGCUCAGCGUCACCGUCGGAGUGGACGGAACCCUGUACAAGCUCCACCCACACUUCUCCAGCAUCCUGCAGGAAACUCUGCGAGAUCUGGCGCCCCAGUGCGAGGUCACUCUCCUCCAAUCGGAGGAUGGCAGUGGGAAGGGCGCGGCUCUGAUUACGGCCGUGGCGUGCCGCAUGAGGGACGUGUAGGAGCCGAGCGCCGAGAGGACGAACGAACGGGACGGACAGAGAAGGGGGAGAGGAUCGACUUGUUCUUCCAGAAACGAUCAGCGCUGUACCCUGUAGUGUGACUGUUCUCUGUGUGUGUGUGUGUGUGUGUGUGUGUGUGUGUGUGUGUGAGAGAGAAUGUUUGUUCUUCCUGCUUUUUUGGUGUUGUUUUUCUGUGUGAGAGUUUACAUAUAAUAAAUGGAGAAAGGGAACGGGGGUUCCGGGGGGAUUACGUGACUUUGAUGGUCAUUAAUUUAUUCAGCGGCGUUUACUGUAAACAUGUUUCAGAUAAUUAUGAUAACGUUUUAUUAACGGCGAGCGGAGAGAUUUCCACCGUGUUCGCCAAGGUCCGUGUUCCAGAUGCUCAGUGCGAAGGAGCGGGAUUGUCUCCGAGCGAUAUUCCUCACGUCUGCAUCGCUUCUGGAGGUUCUCCGUUCGGUUCAGAUGCUCCACAAGAUCUUUCUGGAGCCGUGUAACGUUUCCAGUGUAACCGACACAGCCGUGUCUCCUGCUACUGGACCUCCGGAAGACCCCCCCCCACACACACACACACACACACACCCAGUUUCUCUGCUUCUGUAUUUAAGACUGCUUUCACACCAGCUGCUUCUGGAGCACGGUUUUGUUUUUUGCCGAUUUACAUUAAAAUAAAAUUCUCAUGGGAUUUGUACACUGUAACCAUAGCAACACUCCCACCUGGCUAAUCCUAGCUCGUAACCAGCUCACAUGCCUGUGAUGAUGAUUUACAUUCACAAGGGCUUCAUGAUCCUGCUCUUUUUCCACUAAAGCAAACUUGUUCAAGAAACAAUUCAAUUAUUUCAUCUUUGCUAAAAUUUUAAUGAUGAUAAAACCUCUCUUUCCAAUCUACACUCCAGAUUUCACAAAUAAAUAUUUUGUUUACAAAAUGGCAGCUCGUGUAACGUGGUGUUAUUGUUGUUGUUAUUAUUAUUAUUAUUAUUAUUUUAGACGUCACUGAUGUACGCGUGUGUUUCUGGGAGCUCGCUUUCGAUCCAGUGGCCGAGUGUUUGUUUCAGCUUCCGCUUUUAUUUCGGUAUUUAUAACUUUUCACGUCAGUAAAGUUUAUCGGCACGUUCCCAACUGAUUCCGAAUCAAUUUCCGUGUUGAAACCUUUCAAAAACUUUUUUGUUACUGCGGAAUUUUCACAGUUGAAAAAAUGUUAAAAUAUUCAUCAUUCAAGUGCUGGGUGACCUCAGACUUUUUCAAAAUGUAUUUAUUUAUUUAUUUAUUACCUCUCAACCAAUCAGAUCAGACUUUUAUAAAAAAAAAAAAAAAUUAUUUAUUUAUUCCCUUCUGGCCAAUCAGAUCAGACUUUUAUUAAAA